AUGGUCGCACCGUCGGUGGGGAAUGUCGUCCAGAACCCACCUGAUUUGACACUAUGGUAUUCCCAUUUCAUCGUUACUGACAAUGGAAAACGGUUCUACAACAACUUGAUGAACAAACUCUGCGAGAAGUUCAACUUCAAGCAAUACAAGUCUUCCACGUACAAUGCUCCUGCUAAUGGGUUGGACGAAGCGUUCAACAAAAUGCUUUGCAAAUUACUAUGCAAAGUGGUCCCCAAGACAAAAUGGGAUUGGUAUGAUAGGGUUCUCGAAGCAUUAUGGGCAUACCGCACGACUUAUCAAUCACCUACUCAAUCAACGCCCUACGCCCUUGUUUACGGCGUUGAAACUGUGCUCCCACUUGAGAAACAAAUACCAUCGUUGUGCAUGGGGAUCCAAGAAGGUCUCACUGAAGAAGAAAAUGCACGCCUACUAUUGGAAGAGCUGGAGGCUCUAGAUGAAAAAAGGGUCCAAGCACAAUAG